CACGUGCGCAUACGCGUACGCUGUGAGCAGCACUGGGUGGGCAGUGAACAACUAAUAAUCUUGCUGGUCAGGCUACUCCGUUGACUAAAGAAUGUCACCAGCGCUACACUUAUGAUUUUACAUACUCUAAAAGUUACAGCUAGUGAAGAAGUCAAUAUUACAACGGACGUCUGUCGAGUCUGGCGAUGUCUAUUUCUAUAUAGCUCGUGCCAAAAUCUAGCGAGAGACGGUGCAGCUCAGCCCAUCGAUUACCAGGACAGAUUUGCGCAUGCGUGUAGGGAAAAUUGAGCUUCGCUCGAACAGUACAGUGGGCUUGCAGCUUCAACUACGCCCACUUUUCCGUGCCUGCAGCCUGCCAAUAAGAGACGCGAUUUUUGUUUUGAAAAUGAACAUUCUGCAAGGAAUAUGCAGAAAGGUUAGUUUGCCAGUCCUGGCACUAGCUGCUCUUGGAUGGCUGGUAUUUGUCGUGGAUUUGGAGGCUUCAACAACGGAGAUAACUACUACAAUGAAAUCAGGAGGGACCACAGGUACAAGCUAGAAGAUGGAGUAAAAUUGAAUCUGGGCUUCUCAGAGUCUGCAAACGAGACAAUUGAAAAGAACUUUCCUGCCCAGAGAGCUGAUGCUGACUACUUUGCCUUCUGGUGCUACACCAUCUCCUGCCCAGUUGCACUGGUGACUCUGGUCCUACAUCUCUUUCUCCACAACCUCUACAUCUUCGGAGUCAUUGGUCACAUACUGCUGGGUCUCUGUCUUGUCAGUGGUGGAGGUGUGUUCUGGGGAGACGCUCGUCUGCUAUUCAGUGAAGAUGACAAUCUUCAAGAGCAGUAUAGCUUCCCUGAAAACUGGCGCUCUGACACCUACUAUGGACUGUGGCUGGUGGUGGAGUGGGUCGGAGUGUUUGCUUGCAUGCUGGCACUGAUGUUCUACGCAGCACUCUUGCCAUUCUACACCUCCUCUUGCAAGAAAGGCAGACAGAAUGAGGAAGGCAGGGAGAUAAAAGAGAUCUAGGGCCACACCUUUGAACUGUAUUCUUUUGUUACUCUGUUGGCAUUUUCCAAUGCUAAACUGCAACGUAGAUAUUAUACAAAGUAAUUAUGUCACGAACCUUUGUUACUCACUGAAACAUUGUGUAUGUUGUAGCUAGCUAACUUGUCGUAUUUAUUCUGUAUUUUGCUGACACAAUGCAUUAAUAACAAAAAAGAUUGAAGGACA